AUGAUACAGCCUCUCACUCAUCGUGCUAGCCCAGUAGCGCUCUGGAUACUCAUCCGCCAUGCCUCGACAUCUGCCUCUCCGGCUGCGCCCGCGCCGAGGAGAAGGAGAAGACAGGUGGAGGCGAAAGCAGGGGAUGAUCUGAUCGCUCCCCCAGAUUCUAUCUCUAAUAUCCGUCCCGUCAUCUACGCCUCGUCCCCUUCGUCAAGGCAUCAGACCGCUAAUUCCCCAUACUCUACCGGAGAGUUCCCGAACGCUUCUGCCCCUUCGAGGCUGGGCGAGCUGGAGCUGGAAUGGAGAUUAAGAAGAGAACGGGUAGAUGCUAUGAAUCAUCGAUUCUGGGCGGACCGAAAUCAAGAAUUCAACGCCCAACUAGCCCUCCGACUCUCCCUCCUCCCCACCCCCGCCUCUCCGCCUACUCCCGAAGACAUCAAACGGAGAGAAGACGUCCUUUCCCAAUUCUACGCGGACUGGCAAGCGUCCAAUAGGGACCGGAUGGGCGUAUGGGUCCGGCGAUGGUGGAGGGAGGUAUGGGAGGGGCUGAGGAUGCAGGGGAAAGUACACUGGACGCGGAUGUUGGGGAGAUAG